GGAGGCUGGAGGAAGAGGAAGUGUUCAGAGCGCAGCGGGCGCGAGCCGACAAUGGUGCAGCCGGGGCUGCUGCUCUGGAGCGUACGCAAGGCUAUCUUCCCGUUCGCCGAGGCUGCGCUCUUGGGUUUGAAGUCAAUAAAGGGAAGCUGCCACAAUUUUUGUACUGCUGCUUCUAAAGAUGUCACUUAUAAGGAACUUAAAAACCUGCUGAAUUCCAAAAGCAUUAUGUUAAUUGAUGUGAGAGAAACAUGGGAAAUUCUUGAGUAUGGAAAAAUCCCUGGGUCCAUCAAUAUACCAUUGGACGAGGUAGGUCAGGCUCUACAGAUGAACCCAAGAGACUUCAAAGACAAAUACAAUGAAGUAAAGCCAUCUCAAUCUGACAAUCUAGUGUUCUCCUGUUUAGCUGGAGUGAGAAGCAAAAAGGCUUUGGACACAGCAAUAUCUUUGGGCUUUAACAGUGCACAACACUAUGCUGGAGGAUGGAAGGAAUGGGCAAGCUAUGAAUUUUCAGAGAACAAACAAGGAAGUUGAAUUUUCGAAUACAUGUUGCUCUUUCCUUGUGUACAUGCAGCCUAAUAUUGUGGAAUGAAGAAGAGAAUAGAAAUCUAGACUUGGCAUCACCAGUUCAUGGCUGGGAAUUUUGUGUAAGUCAAUUACUGGUUGAAUCUUUUCCUCAUCUGUACAUUGAAAAUACCACUUCCGCCUGCCUACUUCAAAGGCGAUUGAGGAUUGUGAUAGUGUGACUUGCCAUGGAAAUAUAAGAGCUGGGAUUCUAGAAAUUCAUUUUUAAGUAGUUUAGUAUAGUUCAAUAAUAUUCCCGAAGACCAGGUUACUUGUUUUAACGAAUCAUAAUGUGUAACCAUUUUUGUUAGUAUAACUUCCAUUCAUCACAGAGGCCGUAAGUUAGACCAGUAGAUUAACAAGCAUUGACUGUAAAAAAAAUCAAGAAUCUGGGAUCCAGAGAAGUAGGUGAAAUUUGAACAAUGAAAAUACAUUAACAGUGUAUAAGAUUAUGGCAGCAUUGUUACCAGCAUGGCAGUGAUACAAUUUGCAAUUUAAAAAAUUUAAUGUAAUCUAUGGGGAUAUAAGGUAAAAGUGCUUCUGUGGAGGGAGAUAAACUGGAAAAGGCAAGGAGAGAACUUUCUGGGGUGAUGGAAAUGUUCUAUGUAAUGACUGAGAUAUUGGUACAUAAGAAUAUGUUUGUCAAAACUCAUUGAACACUUAAAAUCUGUGCAUUUUCUGUAAUGGUACUGCAAUAAAAAAAAAAAACCUUUAAAUACAAAUUAUUCCCACUAGCAUCAGAGCCCUUAUGGCACAGUACUUUUAGCAUUGGGCUGCUAACCAAAAGGCUGGCAGUUCGAUUCCACCAGCUGCUCCUUGGAAGCCCUAUGGGGCAAUUCUACUCUGUCCUAUAGGGUUGCUGAACUGGAAUCGACUUGAUGGCAACGAGUUUGGUUUUCGAUUUUUUAGCAUCAGUAUAUUCCUUUGAGAUUUUAAGUCCUGUAUGUGUUAGUGUGCUAGUGCCCUGGUGGCAAAAUUAACUUGUGCUUUCUUCAGUCUGUGUCUCUUCAGACCUAGUCUUAUUCAUGUAGUUGUUUAUUAUCAUGUAAGGCCUAGCAAAUAACUGUAAGGACUUGGUUUGUCCUAAAUCAGGUAGAAAGCCAUUGGGAAAUCUGGGGUAGGGAUGUGAUCACUUUGAACUUCUGACACAUACACACGAUAUAUUUAAAAUCUGUUUAAAGGUAUCAAAGAAUUACUAUGGCAGUGAGGACUGGAAGGGCCGCUGUCUCAGGGAGAACAAAGUGUAAAGGAUGAGCCCAUCAAAGUACUGGGCCCAUCAAAGAAGAGCCCAGGUAAAUAUAUCAGGCCUUCAGGUAGAACUCCUGAUAGGCUGCACCCUAGGAGUAGGGGUGAACCAGAAAUUGAUCAACCCUUAUAAAAACUUGGAAACCCUGGUGGUGUACUGGUUAAAUGCUACAGCUGCUAACCAAAAGGUCAGCAGUUCAAAUCCACCAGGCACUCCUUGGAAACUCUAUGGGGCAGUUCUACUCUGUCCUAUAGGGUUGCUAUGAGUUGGAAUCGACUCAGUGGCGACGGGGUAUAAAAACUUAAGUCCAGCUUUCAAUCAACUAAAUCCCUGAGUGGAUUAUUGGUGAUCUUGAUACCUUAAGGGCCUACCAUAAGUAAAUCCUCUCUGGAGAAAGAUAGCAUUAUAUAGCUAGAACAGGGUUUGCCAACAAUAAAUAUAGGCUUGCAGGCCAUAAGGUCCCUGCUGCAACUACUCGUUUCUGCUAUUUUAGUGUAAAAGCAGCCAUACCAAACAAAACAGAAAAAAAAACAAACCCACUGCCAUCGAGUCAAUUCAGACUCAUCGCAACCCUGUAGGAUAGAAUAGAACUGCCCCCAUAGAGUUUCCAAGGAGCGCCUGGAGGAUUUGAACUGCCGACCUCUUGGUUAGCAGCUGUCGCGCUUAACCACUACGCCACCAGGGUUUCCUAAACCAGCCAUAGACCAUAUGUAAAUAAAUGAGUAUGGCAGCAUUCCAAUAAAACUUUACUUAUGGCCACUUAGGUGUGAAUUUAUUAUCACCAAAAAUUAUUUUUAUUUUUCAACCAUUUAAAAAUGUAGCAUUUUUUUGUAUAUAUUUUUGUUGUUGAGAAUACAUACAGCAGAACAUACACCAAUUCAACAAAUUCUACAAUUCAGUGACAAUGAUUAUGUUCUAAUUGUGCAGCUCUUCUCACCCUCCUUUUCCGAGUUGUUCCUCCCCCAUUAACAUAUACUCACGGCCCUAACUGAAACUAAAAAGUUGGUAGGAUUAACAGCAGAUUAGACACACUUGAAAGGGUUAAUGAAAAUGAAAAAACAAGAGGAACAUGUAUUAUUAACAUGAGCGAAUCUCACAAUGUUGAGAAAAAAUACAGAUUGCAAGAAAUAUACCCUGAACAGUACAUUGUUAAAACAUGAAAAAUAAUACCAUUUAUAAUAAGGCCAGACUUACUGGACCAGUAGAAACUGGAUGAACCUGAGAUUACUGCCCUGGGAUACCCUUUAAACUUGGAACUCAAGCCACUCCCAGAGCUCCACUUGCAGCCAAAAGACAGAUUGGCCCAUGUCUUAGUUAUCUGGUGCUACUGUAACAGAAAUGCCACAAGUGGCAUUUAACAAACAGAAAUUUAUUAUCUCACAGUAUAGGAGGCUAGAAGUUGGAAUUCAGGGUGUCAGCUCCAGGGGAAUGCCUUCUCUCUCGGCGCUGGGUGAAGGUCCUUGUCAUCAAUCUUUCCCUGGUCUAGCAGCUUCUCAGUGCAGGGACUCAGAAUCCAAAAUACGAGCUUCACUCACUCCCGGCUCUUCUUGCUUGGUGGUAAUGAGGUCCCUCUCCUCACUUCUCUUUUAUAUCUCAAAAGAGAUUGACUCAAGAUACAGCCUAAUCCUGUAGAUUGUGUCCUGCCCCAUUAACAUCAUAGAGGUUAGGAUUUACAACACAUCAGAUCACAAAUGGAAGGACAACCACACAAUACUGGGAAUCAUGGCUUAGCCAAGUUGACACAUUUUUGGAAGACACAAUUCAAUCCAUAGUACCCCAUAAAACAAAUAAUAUCACCCGUGAGUACUGUGCUUCUCUAAAUAAGCAUCUAAAUGAAACCAGAUGGUAAACAUUUACAUUUACCUUAGGCCUAACAUGAGAAGGUAAGGGGAGACAGGGAAGCUAGAUUAAGGGACAAAGAAAAAUCAGAAUGGAAAUGAGAAUGCUGAUAUAUCGUGAAAAAUGUAACCAACGUCACUGAACAGUAUGUAUAGAAAUUGUUAAAUGAGAACCUAAUUUGCUGUGUAAACUGUCACCAAAAACACAGUAUUUUUUUAAAAAGUACCAUUUAUUAUUUAGGCAUAUGUACAUACAUAGUUUAAAUAAAUCAUGAGAAUAAUAAACACCAAAUUCAGGAUGGUGGUUUCUUUUGGGGGAAGGAGGUUUUAACAAUAUUGUCAACAUUUAAUAUGCUUGGUGGGUAAACAAGUACUUGUUUUUUUUUGCCUUUUAUACUUAUGAGAUAGGAACUAUUAUCUCCACUUGGAUACACUUAAAUAUUCUAUAAUUAUCAUACUUCGGAUUCCUUAUACUUUUUUUUUAAGAAAAAACUUAUGCAUUCUAUUUACCUAAUUAUAAUUAUACUUAUAUCUUUUUUGAACAAGUAAUGGAUUAAUGAACUAGUUGGAAUAAUUUAUUUUCUAUACUAGGUCCAACUAAUUUUAAGUUAUUCUGAAAUAAAAAUUUGACAGUCACAGAUUUCCUGUAUGUCUGAAACAGCACUGACUUGUUCAAUAAAACUCUUGGUGAAAUCAUUACUGGAAUGCAAACAGAAACCUGUACACCAACAUUCAGUGUAACACUUUUCACAACAGCCAGAGGAAACAACCUAAAUGUUCUUUAACAGAUAAAUGGAUAAACAAAAUGUGGUAUAUACACACAGUGGAAUAUUACUUAUUUUAUUUUAUUUUAUAAAGAGAAGUCUUGAUGCAUGCCACAACAUGGAUGAACCUAGAAAACAUUAUGCUGUCAGGAACAAAAGGAUAAAUACUGUAUGGUCUCAUGUAUAUGAGAUAAGCAGAUAUAUAGAAAAUAAAGAUUAUUAGUGGUUACCAGAAGGAGGGGGCAGGGGAGUUUUUGCUUAGGGGCAUUGAGUUUAACAGUGGUGGAAUGAUUCAGAAAAACAUAGCAGCAAUGGCUGCAUAAUAUGAAAAAUGUAAUCAAUGUCACUUAAUUUCAGAACUUGUUGAAUUGGUAAUGUUUUGGUGUGUAUAUUAUACCACACAAACACAAAAACUACUACUAAGGUCUGUGUUAUCAGAUGCCUCAUUUAAAAGGUAAAAAUAUAGCACAUCAUUAAUACAUCAUUUACCAAGUGGCUGCUUUAUUUCAAUCAAGGGAGAAUAUUACCUUUACUUUGAUAAUACAAGGGUAAAGUUUUAGAAAUGUAUGAAAAAAGCCAGAUUAAAUUUUUAAAUACUAUAUGUACUCUACAUCCUUUUCAUAACGCAAUAGAAAGAAAACGUCCUAGAAAAAGUGGCAACAAGACAACCUCAAGUCCUGAAUUACUCAAAAAAUCUCAGGUUUCCUUCAUUCACAUCAUCUUUCUUACCUGCCUUGUGAUCUCAGUGAGGUCUCUUGGAUUCUCUGAUAAUACACCCUUUUGUUAUCAUGCAUAUGCCACAGAAAUACUGGAUAGAGGUAGGAUCAGCAGCUAAUCUUUGAGAAAUAUUAUUAAAGACAAAUGAAAAAUUGAGUGCUUCUCCCGUCAGAGUAAAAACUACUACUCAAUGUAUAAAAGGACAGCAAUUUAUUAAUGGAAAAAUGUAAUUUUGUUACCACCACUUUUAAGUGGUAUAGGUUUCUCCAGGAGUAAGGAUAAGGAAAAAGGAGAGAAAUUUUAAUAAGGUAUUACAGAUGUAGAAUAUCUGUACCAAAGUGGGGAUAAUGGGUCCUACCUCACAGUACUGUUCUGAAGAUCAAAUUGGAUGAUAUAUAUCAAAUAUUUAAUACAAUGCUGCUGCCAUUAUUGUUUUUUAUUAUAUGAAUCACUGCUAUAUGGUAUCUGUCUAAAAGCAGUUGAUAUUUUGGGUUACUGUUUGCAUUAAUUUAACAUUAAUGGAUAAAAAAAGAUGAAACUUCCAGUUAAGACAUCGGGGACAGGAAUGGCAGUGAGACCCCUUACUGAAAACAGGAAGAUUAAGUGAAACUCUGAAUACUGAGUCCUCUGCCCUCACUACGAGCUCUGACAGCCCAGCUCAUAUAACUCUAGAAAGGAACCCAGAACAUUCCUCUAUGGAGAAACUGACCACCCCAAUGAAAAAUCUUUAGAAAAUUAUUGAAGGUGGGAAGGAUAGCUAAUGAAAAAGCCUGGUUGCUUCCUUACCCUACAAUGAAGCCCUCCAGUUGAAAAGUCCUACCCACCCAUGCACAAAGGCCUUUCAAUUAGCUUCCUCUGUGCCUCUCAAAUAUGAAGGAUCCUGAGACAAUUAAGGCAAGAUUGUAACUUGGAAGACUGUGACCAAAUCAAAGAACUUCAAGAAAAAAGUGUUAAUACAGAGAGCAAAGAAAACUUAAAAACAAAGAAAAAAAUCUAAUAUUAAUGUCCUUAGAAUAAGGAAAACACGUUACACUAUCAAACAAGAAAAAGGAACUUGUAGAGAUAAGGACUAUUGGAAAUUGGAAAUGUAAUAGCAGAAAUAAUUCAACAGAAGGGUUGCAAGAAAAAACUGAGAAAAUUCUCUCAGAAACUCAUAAGAUAAGAAGAUAGGACAGAAAUAAAGUGGAGGAUUAAAUCAGUAAAUUCAACAUUCAAUAAAGAAGAGUUCCAAAAGGAGACAACAGAGAAAAUGGAAGAAAGGAAAGUAUCCAAAAAUUAUGUAAGAUAAAAUUCCAGAAUGGAAGGAUAUGUUUUCAAAUUGAAAAGGUCAAGUACCCAGCACAGAGAAUGAAAAAGGCCCAAUAGCAAAAUACAUCAGAGUGAAAGGACAGAACACUAUGAAUAAAAAGAACUUAAAAGCUUCAAGUUUAAAAAUUAAAGAUCUUAUACAAAGAACUGAGAAUCAAAAUGGCAUUGGAUUUUUCAAUAGCAAGAGUGAAAAUCAGAAUACAAUGGAGUAAUAUAAAUUCUAUAUUUAGUCAACUAUCGCUCAAGAGUGACAGCAGAAUUUUCAUGAUAUGCCAAUCUCAAAAAAAUUUACCUCCAACCUACUUUUUCUCAAGAAGCUACUAGAGGAUGUGCUCCAUCAAAAUAACGGCAUAAAUAAGCAGACAAACCAAAAAGAUGUGGAUUCCCCAUAUUUUGGAUACCAACACUAGCGAAAGCAAAGGAAGUUCCAGUAUGAUCAAUUCUAUGACGACAACUGUGCUGUUUGGCCUAGAGAGCAGCUGAUCCAAGCCAGAGGAUGAAGGACUCCAGAAAAAAUGUCUCUCUGAAAAUGAGUGACUUGGGGGAAUAAAUGAGUGAUAAGUGAAUAAUGACAGUGAUUCUGGGGAAAAAUAAAAGAUACAAAGUGAACAGCAACUUAUAACCAAGGCAAUUACUACUUCCAAAAAAACCAAAAUAUUCUGUAAGAAAUAUAAUCAUAGUAUACUGUAGAAUACAUUAGCUUAUAUUUAGUAUGUAAAUAUCAAAUACAAAUGUAACAAAAAUUAUACAACUAAAUUGACAGAAUAAAGAGAGUAGACAUUCCAGUGUAGGACUGGGUUGGGUGUAGGAUAGAGUGAGUUAUUUGAGAAAGCAAAAUCUUGAUCUUCCAUAAUAUAAAGUUGAUAAUACUUAUAAUAAUAAAAAAAGAUAAAGAAGAAAUGGGAGCAUAAGCAAAGGAGGUAAUAUGGUAAAGUACUGAAGAGCAUAGGCCCUGGAGCCCAGAUGCCUAGGUUUUAAUGACGAGAAUUGUAGCUCUGUCACUUACUUGACUCAUGACUUGGGUAAGUUCUUUCCGUUCCCAAGUUUCCUCAUUUCUAAACAGAUUAUUCUGAGGAUUGACUUCAUAACUAUAGAGAGCUGAGAACAUACUUGGAAUAUAAGUGCUCAAUAAAUGCUGUAUUUAUAAGCUUGUUGCUUGGAAAUACUGAAAUAAACAACAGAGAAAUGAUAAGAAGUUCAAAGUGAUUGCCUCAGGGGCACAGGAAUGAGAGAUGUGGAGAAUGGAGCAGAAGUCUUUUGUUUUCCUUAUGAUGCCUUAUAGCGGCACUGUCCAAUAGAAUUAUAUUGCAAGCCACAUAAGCGAUUUUAAGUAUUUUUACAUUUAAGAAAGUAAAAACAAACAAAAUCAGGUGAAAUUAAUUUUAAUAAUGUUUUAUUUACUCCCAUGUAUCCAAAAUAUUAUCAUUUAAAACAUAUAAUCAAUAUAAACAAAUUAUUGAGAUAUUUUACAUUCUUUUGUUUUGUACUAAGUAUUUGAAAUCCAAUGUGUAUUUUUACAUUUACAGCACAUCUCAAUUCAGACUGUCCACAUUUCAAGUGUUUAAUAGCCUCAUGUAGCUAGCGGCUAUCAUGCUGGAUAGUGCAGCCUUAUGGUAAUAUUUGAUUUUUAAAAACAAUAUAUAUCAUCAACGGCUGCUAAAUCACAGAAUGAGACAACCAGACAUUAUAUGCCUCCUCAUGAAAGACUACACCACCAUUUAAUACAGUAGUCUGCCCAAAAAAAAAAAAAAAAAAAACCAAAAUCUGAUCA